CAACCCUGGUCACACUGGCCCCAAAUCAAUAAAAAAAAGACAAUAUUUUAGGAAGGAAACCACUUUGAAGGACACUAUGCCAAAGAAAAUGGGAAUGAACUCGAAGGCAGUGGAGGCCCGCGAGCGCAAGGAGGCCACCAAGAAGGCGACGCAGGAAAAGAAGACCAAGGAGGCGGAGGAUCGCCUGUGGCACGAUGACGACAAGAAUCUGGCAAAGAAACAGCAGCGCAAGGAGGAGGAGGACCGCAAGAGGGCGGAAGCGGCCAAGCGGAAGGCAGAGGCCAAGGCGCUGCUUGACCAGGAGAUGUCCUCCAUCAACACGCAGCGCAAGCAGCCGCUGGCCAAGAUCAACCGCCAGCAGAUUCUCGAAGAGAUCGAGAAGAAGCAGCGCGUGAUGGAGGCCAUCAACGAGGCUAACAAACCGGCAGCUUCGCGAGUUGUGGUCCAAAACCAUAUCGAGGAGAAUCUCAACCGAUCCAUGGCCGACACGGAUGUGGCCUCCAACAUUGAUGAGGCUAUUGUGGUGCUGAGUGUUAACGACAGCGAGGACGACAAGCAUCCCGAGAAGCGAAUGCGCGCCGCCUACAAGACCUUCGAAGCCAACAAUCUGCCCCGCAUCAAGGCCGAGAAUCCCUCGCUCCGCAUGUCCCAGUGGAAGCAGCUGCUGAUGAAGGAGUGGAACAAGUCUCCGGACAACCCCUUCAACCAGGCGCGCUGAGUGCUUAAAGGACGAAUUUCACCGACCCCCCCGACGAGUGUGCGUACUCUAGUGACUGUUUGCUGCCUAGCAGCAAAGACUAAUCAAAUGGUUCUGAAUCACCUUUGAACUAUACGCAGAAUUUAGUUUAUAAAAAACAUUGCGGACAAAAUAAAUGUAUUUAUUUAUUUAA